UGCUGACUGUACGUAUAGUGACAUCACUUAGUGAAUACGGGCGAAAUUGCCUUCACCCACUAAGUUAGCGGAUAUUGUGCGUGGCCGUUGUUUUUUUACGAAGAAAACCAUACUAAAAGGUGAGCUGGAUAAAUAUAUUCAUUCAUGUGGACGACGGUUGUAACACUGUGCACACUGUGCGGAUUUUAUGUGUGAAAUUGUGACUUAAGUAUACAGAAAUAUGGAAGGAUUUAUUAAGGGUUUUCUGAUGAUAUCAGCGGUGGUCUUGGUGCACACAGCUCCCAGGCAACCUCGGCUUUCGUUAGCAGAAUACGUUGGACCAAGUUAUUCAUACAAUAACAUAGAUGGAAAUCCUGGGAUGUAUUCCUUCGGUUACGACGUAAUGGACCCAGAGACUGGCAAUGCUCAAUACCGUUUUGAAGAAAGGCAUGCUAAUGGCACGGUCACUGGCACGUAUGGCUAUAUCGAUCCUAAUGGCAAACCUGUGAAGUACAGAUACAUCGCCGAUAGCUUGGGUUACAGGGUAUAUUCAGACGUGAUAACAAACAGACCAUUGCCGUUGCCCCUCAUUUUGAAUCAACCAACAGAACCCUCAGUCACAUGGACUCGACCACCAAAACCACAUAAGAACAAUGUUAUCACCCAUCUAGUGUCAGAACUUGGAAGUCUCUUAACUGACAAUAAUUUUGUGUAAAUAUGAAUACAUUUAGUAAAUAAUUUAUACAAUUGUGAAGCAUUUAUUAAUUAAGCAACUGUGUAUGUAAUUUAUUGUGCUAUUAAUAAAGUUUUAUAUUAAUUAACAUUUUAAAUUGGACUUUCACUGCAUGAAAAAAGGCCUUAAUAUUCUUCUUAGUUUAAGUAAUCCUAGAAGAAAGGUAAAUGAUUUCCUAUAUGUCAAGUAUUGUCCAGAUGCCAUGUGAGUGUAAUCUUUAAUAAUAUACCUAUGCAGUAUA